GCCAACCAAUGGUUCCUAUUAUGUAGGAGGUGGAUGGAGUAGGAAAUGACGUUGCCCAUUUUCUUGUUAGAUCUUUCAUUAGCAUGACCUUUCUUUUUACUCGCUCUUCUUUUGUGAAUCAAAUGCCCUUCUCCUCCUCAUAAGGUUGCCUUCUACCAUAUCCUAUCCUCCUCUUUCCCCUCUCCCCGUUUUCGAUUAUAAGUAAAUUAUCGUGAUAUAUGCAUUCAUAAAAAGUGUUGAGAGAAGAUUUUCCUAACUUUGUUGAUUGAUUUUCCGAUUUUUAUAAGAUUUGUUAUUAUGUGAUUUAAUGGCUCAUCGUGACAUUUUGUUAUUAAUGAUUUUGUUGUAUGGAUUUAGGGGUCAUUUGUUUGGAGAAGCGGCAACAUAAAAAAAUCACAUAUCAAUCGGUGAAUUUUACUAACAAGAUAUUAAAGAAUGGGUUCAUCAGAUAAUAAUGGUAGUGAUUCUUCAUUAUCUCCGUCUGAAUCUCCUCCAAAUUCAAAUAAUUCAUCAUCAUCAUCAUCAGAUAAUAAUAAUAAUAACAACUCUUCCCCUCCUCCUUCGUCGGAUUCUUCAUCAUCAUCAUCAUCCUCCGAUAACAAUAACAACAAUUCACCCCCUCCUCCGCCAUCGGAUUCAUCUUCUAAUAAGUCACCCCCGCCAUCACAAUCACCACCACCACCGCCGCCGCCGCCUCCUCAAUCAUCGGACAAUAACAACAACAAUAAAACCAAUGGCAGUAACAAAAACAACUCGCCGCCACCACCACCACCUCCUUCCUCGUCUAAAAACAAGUCUCCAUCACCACCACCUCCAAGUUCAUCGAAAGGGUCGCGGUCUUCAUCUUCGCAUUCUCCUCCAUCACUAAGUGAUGAUUCUUCGUCUCCACCAUCGUCGUCGUCUAAUAAUAAUAAUGUUACUCUAAUAGUUGGAGUUGUGGUUACCCUUGGGGUUUCAUUAUUGCUAUUGAUAGUCAUAGUGGUUGUUUGCUCUAAGAGGAGAAAAAACAAGCGACAUGACACCAUGCAGUAUUAUGGAGGUCCUUCAAGUAAUGUACUUGAUAUCAAAUUACUACAUUAG